UGUAAAAGACAAGUGGACACCAGACAAUGUAUCGAAAAUUUGGUAGAUUUUCCGAAAAAGAGGAUAACUAAAGCUACGUUGGAACUUUACAUAAUAUGAAUGAAGAUGAACGUGGUUGGUUAGAUAGUCGAGCGUAAAACAAGUGUGCCCGUGAAGAGAAACAAGAUAAAAGAAGAAGAAACAUGUAAUAAGAGAAAAAGAAGAAACAAUGGCAGGAGAAGCUCCGUGUAAAGCUGUAGAUGGUUGUUGCAUGGCGAAAUGAAGCGCGGGGUUGUUGAUUAGGUGGUAAGAUGAGACGAUGAAAAGAAGUUGCAACGAUAUGACACGUAUUUGAGUGUCAUAUACAAUACAAUGUGAUACGGUGCGACGAAUCUCGCGAGUCGACAAUAACAUGUAGAUACAAUCAACAAGAAGAAGAUUGGAAAGAAAGUAACAUCCACUGUUUUAUCGGUGGAGAGAAAAUCUCGAUGAGACACAGCAACGAGGAGAGAGAGACUGAUUGUCGGCGAGAGUGACGAUAGCAACGACGAGAUGACAAGAUAACGAAACGGAUGCGAAAAAAUUCGAGACAGCAGUACGAUAGGGGAAGAUAAGGCGAGAAGAAUAAAGAUAAAACAUAUCAUUGUGUAGGAAGGAAAAGAUCUUGGUAAAAGGUUGGAAACUUUUCGACGACAUACAUAUGUUACGUAUAUUUUCGAUACUGUAGAAAAGCAGGAACUUGAUCUCUGCUCUCGAAGAUUUUGAAACUUUUUCCAGAUUACGACACGAUCGCGUUUCCUCUCUGUUCCUGCUGCUCAGCGAAUUUCUUGUUGAAAGUGCAAGUCUUACUUUAAAUCUACUUUAAAGUCGGUGGGGAUCUUUGAACAACAGGAAGAAGCAUGCACGGGACCGAGUCGUCCUGGUCUCUUCCACCGAAACAGGCUCUCUACGAUCCAACGCUUGAAAGGGAUGCUUGCGGUGUUGGAUUCAUUGUUGCCAUAGAUGGGAAAAAGUCGCAUAAAAUUGUUCGCGAUGCAGAAACCCUUUCGGCGCGUAUGAACCACCGUGGUGCUUGUGCCUGCGAUAACGAUACCGGCGACGGGGCCGGUGUUCUUUGUGCAAUUCCACACGAAUAUUACGCCGAUGAAUUGCGCAAACGACAAAAUAUCGAAUUACCUCAAUUUGGCCGUUAUGCCACCGGCAUUUUGUUCCUUGAUCAAAACUCGCAUCAGCAAGCUGAGGCUGCGUUUGAAAAAUUGACCGAAGAAUGCAAUUUAAGGGUAAUUUGCUGGCGAGAUGUUCCAACAGAUGAUACACGAAUUGGCCAAGUGGCACAAAAAUGCGAACCUUACAUGCGCCAAGUUUUUGUCACUGGCGACCAAGACGAUGUUAAUCUUGAACGACAGGUUUUUGUUUUAAGAAAAAGAUCGUCUCACACCAUACCACGACCAGGAAUUAGAUACUACAUAUGCUCACUUUCUGUACGAACGAUCGUUUACAAAGGACAAUUGACGGCGGAUCAGUUGUGGCUCUAUUUCUUAGAUUUAAAGUCUCCAAAAUUUGAAACGUACCUGGCCUUAGUUCACACAAGAUUUUCCACAAAUACAUUUCCUAGCUGGGAAAGGGCACAUCCCCUUCGAUUAUUAGCACACAAUGGAGAAAUAAACACUUUAAGAGGAAACGUAAAUCUGAUGAAGGCUCGUGAAGGAGUGAUGAGCAGCAAGCUUUAUGGGGAACAAUUGAAACAACUUUAUCCUGUAGUGGAACCGAAUCUCUCGGAUUCAGGGGCCGUUGAUUGUGUUUUGGAAUUUUUGGUAAUGGUGGGCCAACGAUCUUUACCAGAGGCAGUGAUGACAAUGGUACCAGAAGCAUGGCAAAAUGACUUGACCAUGGCAGCGGAGAAACGCGAUUUUUAUCACUGGGCUGCUUGCGCAAUGGAACCUUGGGAUGGUCCUGCUCUUUUAACAUUUACGGACGGACGUUACGUUGGCGCUAUUUUGGACAGAAACGGCCUGCGCCCGUCGCGUUUCUACGUCACUAAGGAUAACAUGAUGGUGAUGGCGUCCGAAGUGGGCGUCUAUGACACUCCGCCCAGCAAUGUAAUCCUGAAGAGUCGUUUGAAGCCUGGCAGGAUGUUAUUGGUCGACACGCAUGAAAAGAAGAUCAUCGAAGAUGUCGAACUAAAGUUGCACAUUUCUAGAAGUAGACCACAUUCCAAAUGGCUGAAAGAUCAGAUGAUUACGAUGGAGGAGUUACGUGCUGCGGACGUUGACUAUAAAAAGACGUCAAGUGCUGUUGAAAACGGUUCGAUUGUGGACAGUGUAGUAGCUAAAAAAAACGUGAUGAACGAUGCAAAUCCAAUAUCUGCUGUGAAUCGAGUUUGGGGAGGUGAUAAAAGAUUAUCCCUCUAUGGAUACACUCUUGAAACUAUCAAUUUGCUUCUUCUGCCGAUGAUGCAAUCCAAGAAAGAAUCGCUAGGCUCCAUGGGUAAUGACGCGCCACUAGCUUGCCUUUCUCAAUUUCAACCCCUGAUCUACGAAUAUUUUAAGCAACUGUUUGCUCAGGUGACAAAUCCUCCGAUAGACCCGUUUAGAGAGAAGAUAGUAAUGUCGAUGCUUUGCCCUAUCGGGCCAGAAAGCAAUAUUCUCGAACCAAAUGAACUGCAAGUGCACAGAUUGUUUUUAUCGCAACCGAUACUCUCUUUAGAAGAUCUAGAGAUAAUUAAACGAACAAACUAUCGCGGCUGGAAAACCAAAAUAAUCGAUGCGACAUAUCCCGUGCAAGAUGGUCCACCUGGAUUAGUGAACACGCUAAAUCGUGUCAGUGAAGAAGCUAAUCAAGCUGCGAAACAAGGUUAUCAAUUCCUCGUUCUAUCCGACCGACAAAGUGGUCCAGAAAGAGUACCUGUAAGCAGCUUGUUGGUGUUGGGCGCAGUGCACCACUAUCUAAUCGAAGAACGACAACGUAUGAAAGUUGGUCUGAUUAUAGAAACGGCCGAAGCUAGAGAGGUGCAUCAUAUAUGUUUGUUACUUGGUUACGGAGCAGACGCCAUUUGUCCGUAUCUUGUGUUCGAAAUGGCAAGAAAUCUUCGUAUGGAUGGAGUGCUUGAUUCGUCGUUGACCGACAAUGCUUUGUGCGCGAAUUAUGCGGAGGCAAUGGAAAGGGGGAUAGCGAAGGUAAUGGCAAAAAUGGGAAUCUCCACGUUACAAUCGUACAAGGGUGCUCAAAUAUUUGAAGCGGUCGGCCUGUCCGACGAAGUCAUCGAUAAAUGUUUCAAGGGCACGCAUUCUCGCAUUGGCGGCGUGACGUUUGAUAUAUUGGCAAAAGAAGCAUUUGAAAGACACCAAAUCACAUAUUGGAAGAAACCGAUGGACAUGCUCGUUAUUCGCAAUCCGGGAAUGUAUCAUUGGCGAUCCGGCGGGGAAAAACACAUAAACGAUCCAGACAGCAUUGCCAACUUGCAGGAUUAUGUAAAUUCAAAGAACUGGAACGCUUACGAGAAGUAUCGGAAAAGUACGAUGGAAAUGGUAAGGGCGUGUACUUUGCGCGGACAGUUGGAGUUAGUGCAAAGAGCAGAAAAGUCGAUACCCAUUGAGGAGGUCGAACCGGCGUCUGAGAUAGUGAAACGAUUCGCAACUGGAGCUAUGAGUUUUGGAAGUAUUUCUAUAGAAGCGCAUACAACCUUAGCGAUUGCAAUGAAUCGUAUUAGCGGUAAAUCGAACACCGGCGAAGGAGGUGAAAAUGCUGACAGAUAUCUCAAUCAGGACCCGGAAUUCAAUAAACGAUCGGCCAUUAAACAAGUUGCCAGCGGCCGUUUCGGCGUAACGUCGAGCUAUUUGGCAAAUGCCGAUGAUCUUCAAAUCAAAAUGUCGCAAGGGGCAAAGCCGGGGGAAGGAGGCGAGCUACCUGGUUACAAGGUUACCGCUGAAAUUGCUGCAACUAGACACUCGGUACCUGGUGUAGGUCUGAUCUCGCCACCCCCGCAUCACGACAUUUACUCGAUCGAAGACCUUGCGGAAUUAAUUUACGAUUUAAAGUGUGCAAAUCCGAGUGCUCGCAUCUCCGUGAAGCUGGUGUCGGAGGUAGGAGUAGGCGUAGUCGCAUCAGGCGUUGCAAAGGGCAAAGCAGAGCACAUUGUGAUAUCUGGCCACGAUGGCGGCACCGGGGCCAGCACCUGGACGGGAAUAAAGUCCGCUGGAUUACCUUGGGAAUUAGGGGUUGCGGAGACCCAUCAGAUUCUCACCUUGAACAAUCUUCGGUCGCGCGUUAUCGUGCAAGCAGACGGUCAAAUGCGUACAGGGUUUGACGUGGUGGUCGCGGCACUCUUGGGUGCCGAUGAAUUUGGCUUCAGCACCGCGCCGUUAAUCUCCAUGGGUUGUACCAUGAUGAGGAAGUGUCAUUUGAACACUUGUCCCGUCGGUAUCGCGACGCAAGAUCCAACACUUCGGAAGAAGUUUGAGGGGAAGCCAGAACACGUAAUUAAUUUCUUCUUCGCACUGGCGGAAGAGGUACGUUCUUACAUGGCCAGCCUUGGAUUGCAUAAAUUUCAAGAUCUAAUAGGCCGUACGGAUUUGUUGAAAGUUCGCGAAGACAUCUCGGUAGAGAAAGCCAAAACGUUGAAGCUCGACAAUAUUUUGCGCGACGCGCUUGAACUCCGUCCAGGAGUGAACAUUCAAGGGGGCUCGAUGAAACAGGACUUUCAGCUAGAAAACAGACUGGACAAUCGCGUGAUCGAAUUGGCCAUGGGUGUGCUGAAGGGAAAACAGGAUCGCGUUGAUAUCGAAUUAAAUAUCAACAACGAAUGUAGAGCGUUCGCGGCAACGUUAAGCUACCAUAUCUCAAAGUUGUACGGGGAAGACGGUUUGUCAGAAGGUAGCAUCAACAUAAAAAUGAAAGGUUCUGCGGGUCAGAGUUUCUGCGCUUUCAUGACUAAAGGCGUUCACGUCACUCUCGAAGGAGACGCCAACGAUUAUGUUGGCAAAGGUUUAUGCGGAGGGGAAAUUGUCAUAUAUCCACCAAAGGAUUCUACUUUCAAGUCUGAUAGGAACGUGAUCGUUGGUAACGUCUGUCUCUAUGGUGCCACUUCUGGCAAAGCGUAUUUUCGUGGAAUCGCCGCUGAGAGAUUCAGCGUUCGUAACAGUGGCGCGAUAGUGGUAGUUGAAGGCGUCGGUGAUCACGGGUGCGAAUACAUGACUGGCGGUUGUGCAGUUAUUCUUGGGCUUACUGGCCGAAAUUUCGCAGCUGGAAUGUCCGGAGGGAUAGCGUACGUCUUGGAUGUGGACGGAUCGUUCAAAAGUAAAUGUAACCCUGAAAUGGUAGAGCUGCUUCCUUUGAACAAGCAAGAGGACAUUGCGUAUGUUAAGAAGCUUUUGGAAGAAUUUGUUGAGAAAACUGGCUCUCUGGUAGCUCAAGAUCUUCUAAUGUUAUGGCCUGAGCCAACCACGCGAUUCGUUAAGGUAUUUCCAUACGAGUAUCAGCGGGCGUUGAGGCAAGUUGAAGAAACCAAACAGGCAGAAACGAUACCAAAUGGAAGCUCUCAAACGGUAAACGCACAGGUCAAAGAUAUCGAAGACACUAUUGCAGAUAUUGAAAUAGAACAGCAUAAAUUGGACAAGAUAAGAGGGUUCAUGAAGUACAAGAGGCAGACGGGAGCUUAUCGGCCAGUUGAGAACCGAAUCGACGAUUGGAAUGAGAUCUAUAAUUUUCAAAAGGUUCGCAAAGGACUGCGCGUACAGGCUGCAAGAUGUAUGGAAUGCGGCGUGCCGUUUUGUCAGAGUAGCCACGGCUGCCCUCUUGGGAACAUCAUUCCCAAGUGGAACGAUCUCGUUUUCCAAUCGAAUUGGAAGGAAGCUCUGAAUCAGUUGUUACAGACUAAUAAUUUCCCAGAAUUCACCGGAAGAGUUUGUCCCGCUCCGUGCGAAGGUGCCUGCGUUCUGGGUAUAUCGGAACCAGCAGUUACGAUAAAGAACAUCGAAUGUGCGAUAAUCGACCACGCAUUCGAACAAGGUUGGAUAGUCCCGCAUCCACCAACAACUAGAACUGGCCGGCGAGUAGCUGUAGUUGGCUCUGGUCCCGCUGGUUUGGCAGCGGCUCAUCAGUUGAACAAAGCAGGCCACUUGGUGACUGUUUACGAGAGGAACGAUCGAAUCGGAGGUCUGCUGCAGUAUGGUAUCCCGACUAUGAAGCUGUCGAAACAAGUUGUUCAAAGGAGGGUUUCGCUUCUCGCGGCAGAGGGUAUUACGUUCAAAACGGGCAUCGACGUUGGAAAAGAUAUUUCUGCCAAGGAAUUGCAAGAAGAGUACGACGCAACGUUGAUAUGUACGGGCGCGACUUGGCCAAGAGAUUUGCAAAUACCAGGUCGGCACCUCGAAGGGAUUCACUUUGCUGUCAGUUUUCUGGAACAUUGGCAGAAGAAACAAAUGGGAAACGACGUUCCGCUGGAUAUGCGUUUAAUGGCUAAAGACAGAGACGUCAUUAUAAUCGGUGGGGGUGAUACUGGCUGCGAUUGUAUAGCCACGUCCUUGCGACAGGGUGCCAAAACAAUUACAACUUUCGAAAUUUUACCCGAACCACCGAGCAACAGAGCACACGACAAUCCUUGGCCACAGUUUCCACGUGUGUUUAAAGUGGAUUACGGUCAUGAAGAAGUUUCCCUGAAAUUUGGCCGUGAUCCCCGUCAGUUCAGCACAUUGAGUAAAGAGUUUCUAGAUGAUGGGAACGGUCACGUGAGUGGCAUCCAAACGGUGUCAGUAUCAUGGACGAUGGAAAACGGACGUUGGAAAAUGGAGGAAAUCCCCGGUUCAGAAAAGACGUACAAAUGCGACCUAGUUUUACUCGCGAUGGGUUUCCUGGGUCCAGAGAAGUACAUAGCAACAGAAUUGAACACAACAAUGGACGAAAGAGGUAACUUCAAAACACCAGUUGGAAAAUACGAGACAAGUCUGAAUGGAAUUUAUGCAGCAGGAGAUUGUCGGCGUGGACAGUCUCUGGUAGUGUGGGCAAUCACAGAAGGUAGGCAAGCCGCGAGAGAAAUAGAUCUGGCCUUAAUGGGAGAAACUGGUCUUCCCGUAGCUGGCGGCGUUAUAACCGGCGUUGUGGGUUAAAAUGCACACGUUCUGCACUGUUAGUCAUUCAGAAUUCGACUAUUUCUUUCUAUCCGUUGGUUUCUAUCCGUGCUCUCCUUUUCCUUUUUCAAACUUUUCCAAUGGUUCAACUACUAUGUAAAGUGUACGAUCAGUCAGUGUGCCAGUAGGCGAAUAAAUAUUAUGUAUGAAGAGCAAGGAAGAAACGCGAUCCAAUGUGAGAACAAGGAAAUCAGUAUUAUUUUAUCGUGGGUGUUGUGAGUCGUAAGUUUUCGCUGUAGUCGAGAAUCGUCAGAUGUUAGUUCACAAGGAAGGGUGCGUUGAUUAAUAAAACGUAAGCAAUCGCAGCAAGAGUGUAAUAACAGCUGAAGUGUGAAAGGUUUGCAUUUUUGUUUCGAGUUGACCUCUCGUAUAAUAUUUGUUAAUUUCUUUAAAAAAGAGAAAAGAAAGAAAAAAAGGAAAAAAAAAUGGUAUAAUUAAGUGAUAGCGUUGUAAGUCGGAUCGAAAAAGAAAUCGUAGAUGUAUCGUUAAAUCUACCUCGUACGCUCUUUUACGUUUCUUGCUUCUUUCGUGUAACGUAACGUGAAUCGUUCCAUGUAAUUGAGAUAUGAUCUUUUAAAGGUUAUGUAACACAUAUAUUUUAGAAAACACGAACGUUCCUUAAAUGUUUCUGUGCUUGAAAUCGAAGUCAAAGCCGAAACUGUAAAUCACAUUUUCAGAUUGAAAUCAAGCGACACGAAUGUUUACAUGGAAAUAACGUUUCGCAAUCAAUUUUGUGACUUCUCGAUCUAUAUAUACAUAUAUGUAUAUAUAUAUAUAUAUUUUUUUUUUUCGAUCUAUACAGUGUAACGUAUUUACAUACACGUGAGUAUGUGUGUGUGUAUAUAUAUAUAUAUAUAUAUAUAUAUAUCAUUCUCAAGUUUAUUAUAUUUAUUUAUAAAAAGCAAAAAAACACGAAUGAUAACGAUACACAUGUAAUUUCCUUGAUUGUAAAAAAUUUCCUGCGCCAACAAGUUUUCUUUGUUUGUUGCGCGUAUUAUUGUACAUUCUACACCAAGAGAAAGAAGAUACUUCGAGACAAUAAAUAUAUAAGGAAAGAAAUAAAAUGUUUAAAUGUUAAA